AUGGCAUCGUUUAUUAUGAAACAAAUGAUGGGUUCGCAGCUGGAUAAAGUUAAAGAAUUGACUGGUGGUGAUGGCGAAAAGAAAGAGGCUGGUGCUGAUGAAGAAGAUCCAGAGGUUGCCGAAGCUCGACGUGAAGCUGAAGAAAAACGUGAUGCAAAAUAUGCUAAAAUGGAACGGCAAAGAGAAGACGUUCGACAAGGAAUUAGAGAAAAAUACAAUAUUAAAAAGAAAGAAGAAGAAAUAGCACUUCCACCACCAUGUGAAGGACGAUUAACUCAAGAUAAAAAAGGACCCAUUCCAUUACCUGAUGAUGAUGAUAGUUUUGAUCCAGUUAAAAUGGCAACAAAUGCGUUAAAUACAAUAACCGAUAAAUUACCAUUUAAAUUACCAUGGAAAUAA